AUGUCAGGGGAUAAGAAGCCAAGUAUCAUAAAAAACUACAUAAUUGGGGGCGCAGCUGGCAUGAUUGCCACAUCUGUCGUCCAGCCAAUAGAUUUUGUUAAAGUUCAGCUCCAAAUCAAAGGAGAAGGUGUUAAAGGUGCGCGUCCAAAUCCUUUCACCAUUUUGAAGCAAACAAUUAGCGAAUUUGGAGUGAGGAGACUCUACACUGGCUUGGACUCUGCGUUGCUAAGACAAGCCACUUAUACAACUACAAGAAUGGGCACUUAUAAGUCUUUGAUGGACUGGGGUGCUGAAAUGAAUAAAGGAGUUGUCCCAGCAUGGCAGAAGGGUGCUUAUUCUCUAUUUGCAGGAGGCUUCGCAGCUCUUAUUGGAAACCCAGCUGAUCUCGCUUUAAUUAGAAUGCAAAGUGAUCAUACUCUGCCAGAAGCACAAAGAAGACACUACACUGGCGUUGUUAACGCUCUUUCUAGAAUUAUAAAGGAAGAAGGGUUCUUCAGUAUGUGGAGAGGGUCAACCCCAACUAUUUACAGAGCCAUGGCUAUCAACUUUGGCAUGCUAGGUCCUUAUGAUCAGGCUAAGGAAAUGCUGACUAAGAAUUUCGGCGAGUUCAAUGGCAUCAGAAUAGCAUCCUCAUUUAUUGCUGCAUUUUUCGCUUGCGUCUUUUCUCUGCCUUUUGAUAAUGUGAAAACCAAAUUCCAAAGAAUGGCUAAGAAGCCUGAUGGAACUUAUCCAUAUAAGAGUUUCAUGGACUGCUUUAUGAGAUCCCUGAGAAAUGAAGGGUUCCUUGGAUACUACGUUGGGUUCAGCACCUAUGUGGUCCGUAUUGCUCCUCAUGCAAUCAUCACUUUGCUGUCUGUUGACUUCUUAAACUCUAUAUUUAAUAAGCCUAAGAAAUAA